GCGCUUCUCCAGCGGGCGCGGCGCUGGCGGCGGGCGCGGAACGCUCUGUCGAGACAGGCGGCUAGGGCAGCCCGGGGGCCUUCGGCAGCGGCGGCGCCGGCGAGGGCAGCGGCGGGAGCGGGGCCGGGGCAGCAUGGACACCGACCUGUACGAUGAGUUUGGGAACUACAUCGGGCCCGAGCUGGACUCGGACGAUGACGACGACGAGCUGGGCCGGGAGGCCAAAGACCUGGACGAGCUGGAGGAUGAUGAUGAUGAUGAUGACAUGGGGGAGCACGACGAGGAGCACCCCGGGAUGGAGGUGGUGCUGCACGAGGACAAGAAGUACUACCCCACAGCUGAGGAGGUCUAUGGGCCUGAGGUGGAGACCAUCGUGCAGGAGGAGGACACACAGCCACUCACUGAGCCCAUUAUCAAACCUGUGAAAACCAAGAAGUUCUCCCUGAUGGAGCAGACCCUGCCAGUCACUGUCUACGAGAUGGAUUUCCUGGCAGAUCUGAUGGACAACUCGGAGCUGAUCCGGAACGUGACUCUGUGUGGGCACCUGCACCACGGCAAGACGUGUUUUGUUGACUGCCUGAUCGAGCAGACGCACCCGGAGAUCCGGAAGCGCGACGAUCAGGAUCUCUGCUACACUGAUAUAUUGUUCACAGAGCAGGAGAGGGGGGUGGGGAUCAAGAGCACCCCAGUGACGAUUGUUCUGCCAGACACCAAAGGAAAAUCUUUCCUCUUCAACAUCAUUGACACGCCAGGUCAUGUGAAUUUCUCUGACGAGGUGACAGCCGGCCUGCGCAUCUCGGACGGCGUCGUGCUCUUCAUCGACGCGGCCGAGGGGGUGAUGCUGAACACAGAGAGGCUGAUCAAGCACGCCGUGCAGGAGAGGCUGGCAGUGACUGUGUGCAUCAACAAGAUCGACAGACUCAUCCUGGAGCUGAAACUGCCCCCCACAGAUGCUUACUACAAGCUCAGACACAUUGUAGAUGAAGUUAAUGGUCUGAUCAGCAUGUAUUCCACCGAUGAGAACCUCGUGCUGUCUCCCCUUCUGGGGAACGUGUGCUUCUCCAGCUCUCAGUACAGCAUCUGCUUCACACUGGGGUCUUUUGCAAAGAUUUAUGCAGACACAUAUGGAGACAUCAAUUACCAGGAGUUUGCAAAGCGGCUUUGGGGCGACAUCUACUUCAACCCGAAGACCCGCAAGUUCACCAAGAAGGCCCCGACCAGCAGCUCCCAGCGCAGCUUCGUGGAGUUCAUUCUGGAGCCCCUGUACAAGAUCUUGGCUCAGGUGGUGGGGGAUGUGGACACAACCCUGCCCAGGACUCUGGAUGAGCUUGGCAUCCACCUGACCAAAGAGGAGUUGAAACUGAACAUCCGGCCCCUGCUGCGGCUCGUCUGCAAGAAGUUCUUUGGGGAGUUCACAGGCUUUGUGGACAUGUGUGUGCAGCACAUUCCCUCCCCAAAAGUGGGGGCCAAGACAAAAAUUGAGCACACGUACACCGGCGGCGUGGACUCCGACCUGGGGGAGGCCAUGAGCGAGUGCGACCCUGACGGUCCCUUGAUGUGUCACACAACCAAGAUGUACAGCACUGAUGAUGGUGUCCAGUUCCAUGCCUUUGGCAGGGUGCUCAGUGGCACCAUCCAUGCUGGGCAGCCUGUGAAGGUCCUUGGGGAGAACUACACCCUGGAAGAUGAGGAGGAUUCCCAGAUCUGCACUGUUGGACGCCUCUGGAUCUCAGUUGCAAGGUAUCACAUUGAGGUGAACAGAGUUCCUGCUGGCAACUGGGUGCUGAUUGAGGGCGUGGACCAGCCCAUAGUGAAGACAGCGACUGUGACAGAGCCUCGGGGCAAUGAGGAGGCUCAGAUCUUCCGUCCCUUGAAGUUCAACACCACAUCUGUUAUCAAAAUAGCUGUGGAGCCAGUGAACCCCUCAGAGCUCCCCAAAAUGUUGGAUGGUCUCCGCAAAGUCAACAAGAGCUACCCCUCACUUACAACUAAGGUGGAAGAGUCUGGGGAACAUGUGAUCCUGGGAACAGGAGAGCUGUACCUGGACUGUGUGAUGCACGACCUGCGGAAGAUGUACUCCGAGAUCGACAUCAAGGUGGCUGAUCCAGUGGUGACAUUCUGUGAGACAGUGGUGGAAACAUCCUCCCUGAAGUGCUUUGCUGAGACACCCAACAAGAAGAACAAGAUCACAAUGAUUGCUGAGCCCCUGGAGAAGGGAUUAGCAGAGGACAUUGAGAAUGAAGUGGUGCAGAUAACAUGGAACAGAAAGAAGCUGGGUGAAUUCUUCCAGACCAAAUACGACUGGGAUUUGCUGGCUGCCCGUUCCAUCUGGGCCUUUGGGCCAGAUGCUACUGGCCCAAACAUCCUGGUAGAUGACACACUGCCCUCAGAGGUGGACAAGUCUCUGCUGGGUUCAGUGAAGGACAGCAUCGUGCAGGGCUUCCAGUGGGGGACCAGGGAAGGGCCCCUCUGUGAUGAAUUGAUCCGCAAUGUGAAGUUCAAGAUCCUGGAUGCAGUGAUUGCUCAGGAGCCCUUGCACAGGGGUGGAGGGCAGAUCAUCCCCACGGCCCGCAGGGUGGUGUACUCUGCCUUCCUCAUGGCCACCCCUCGCCUGAUGGAGCCCUACUACUUCGUGGAGGUCCAGGCCCCUGCUGACUGCGUGUCUGCCGUGUACACGGUGCUGGCCCGGCGCAGAGGCCAUGUGACCCAGGAUGCUCCAAUCCCAGGCUCUCCCCUCUACACCAUCAAAGCCUUCAUCCCAGCCAUUGAUUCCUUUGGCUUUGAGACAGACUUGAGGACCCACACGCAGGGACAAGCCUUCUCUCUCUCUGUCUUCCACCACUGGCAGAUUGUGCCUGGGGACCCCCUGGACAAGAGCAUCGUCAUCCGGCCGCUGGAGCCGCAGCCAGCCCCACACCUGGCCAGGGAGUUCAUGAUCAAGACCAGGCGUAGGAAGGGCCUGAGUGAGGACGUGAGCAUCAGCAAGUUCUUCGACGACCCCAUGUUGCUGGAACUGGCCAAGCAGGACGUCGUUCUCAACUACCCCAUGUAACCCUGCUGCCCUGGCAUGGGGGCUGACCCGAGCCCUGGCUGGCACCUGCUGGUCCCUCCCCAUCCCUGCUCGCCCUGCCCUGCUCCCUGAGGCUCAGGGCAGGCAGGGAGCUGCUCCUCAGGUCACUUCCAUGGCUGUAGGAGUCUC